UAAUCUGGUUCCUUAGGCAAGUCAGAUUGCAGAUGGUUUUUGACAACAAUGGCUACUAGAUAAAAAAUCUUAAAUCUUUUGGAAAUUACAAUGAAAUUAAACAGCAGAGAAGAAGAAGUGGAUCUAUCUUUUAGAAUCUAUGGACUAAAAUAAAGUUUAACCAAAAAUAGUUGCACCAAAUGCGAAAGCAUCGUGCGAUGAAUGGGAAGAGGUAGCGCGAGACUUCAAGUCGUCCCUUUUAAUCGCCACUGCCGUUGAUAGGGAAAAACCAUCGGUGCCCAUUUAACAAUCCUUAUAACUCUCACUCUCACUCUCUGUGUGUGCGUGUGUGUGUAUAUAUAUAUAUAUUCUUUCGAGCAGGCAAGGCAUGAACAAUCAUUGUAUAUUUGAUUUCUCUGCUUUUCAAUUAAUAUAGAGCAAGGAGACAGCGCAGCAGUGAUAACCAUGGAGUGCCAAACGACAACUGGGAAAAGGGCUUGCAGAUCGAUUGAGAGCAGGUUUCAGAAAAGAAAAGGACGUGGAAAAACAAAAUCAAGCAUGAAAAGGUUGGAAGCAGAGAUGGCAGAGAUCGGUGAACAGCAAAAAAGAGUUAAAAAAGGGCAAAUGGAAAUAAGGGAGAGGUUUAAGGAGAUGGAAUUUGAGUGUGAUCAACUCAAGAAGGAAACAUUCCUUAUCUCGAAACAGGCUGGACGCAAUCAACAACGACUAAAUCUUAUGUUCAAAAUCGUAAAAGCUCGAGAAGAAAAUAAUAUUUCUGAAGCUGACAAACUCACUCAAUCUCUUCGAGAAUGCAUGAAGCACAACAUGGAAAACAAUCCCUGACUAGCUAUUUCCACAUUCAAGUGAUAAAGUAACGAGAAGAAGGAAUAAUAAAGUAUGCACCCGCCAUCCCAUAUCAGUAUAAAACAGGAGUGCAAAAAUGAGCUUGCUGUUCUGCUUUUUAAGUUCUUUAUAUAUAUAUAUACAUAUAUAUAAACCCUACUCUAAAGCUUAUUGGUGGGCACCCGCCAUCCCUGUAUGGAAUUUGAGAAAAACAAAGGCUGCAUUGGAUUUGGAGCAGUGAUGGCAAUCGGGUUGACAGCAGCAAUAGCAGCAGUUGAAAAAGAAGUCAUCAGGUUUGUUGCAGCAACAACAGUAGAGGAGGAAGACCUUGAUGAUGAUGAUGAUGAUGAGUUUCUGUUGUUGGCUUGUUGCUGUUAGGAUUAAUGCUCUGAUACAAGUUAAAGGAGGCUAUAAACAUGUUGAGACAUAAACUAGAAGCCAAUAUGUUUUAGGGCUCCAAGCAGAGCCUUAUAUAUGUUUAUCUUUAAGGUUCAAAAGAGAAGUUUUGGCAGUAUUAUGUUUUUGCGGAUCUGUCUUUAGUCCAAGUCGGCUUUGAAUUUUUAUUUUAAUCCAAAUAAUUAUUUUAUUUAUUUUAUAA